AUGGCUGAGAUCAAAUUCGACGAGAAGAUAUUUGCUGGCCUGAAGGGGAAAGUCGCCCUUAUCACAGGCGGGAGCAGCGGCAUUGGACUUGCUACAGCCAGAUUUUUCUCUCAACAAGGGGCGCAAAUCGUAUCCGCAGACGUCAAUCCCCCACCUGAAGACAUACCCAACGUCAAGUUUCGCAAAACAGAUCUCACCAAGUGGGAUGAACAUUAUGACUUGUUCGAAUGGACCGUGAAGACGCACGGCCGAAUCGACAUUGCCUUCCUGAACGCCGGAGUUGCGGAGAUCGAGGAUGUGUUUGUGGACCGACUUGACGACAAUGGGAGGCUGCAAGAGCCGAAGUACUCGGUUCUGGCCGUAAAUCUCUUUGGCCCCAUCAAUGGAUUCAAACUCGCCGUACAUUUUAUGAAGAAACAAUCAGAGGGAGGAAGUAUAGUGAUCACAGGUAGUGGCAAGAGCUUCAAUGGUGUGGGUGGCACACCAAUGUAUGCUGCCGCCAAGCACGGUCUCCUGGGUAUGGUACGGACGCUACGGACUGAUAUACCAGAGAAAUACAAUAUCCGCCUCAACCUUGUAUGCCCCUUUUGGACCGACACCGGCAUCAUUCCUCCAGAGGAGCGAGCGAAGAUUGUCUCGGCCAGGGAAUGCAUGCAACCAGCAGAUGUCCCGGCAAAAGCAGUCGCAUACCUUUCACUGAAUCGCGAAUGUCAUGGAAUGGUUCUGUACGCUGCGUGCGGAAAGUACUUCGACGUGGAAUAUGGAUUUCACCUCACCCGCCCAGUGUGGCUCGGGGCCAAGAACCACCUCGACCGUGUUUCCUGGGAAGAAGAUCCAGCCGCAUUAGCAUUCAAGACCAAGUUCGAAUAA